CCUAUAUGACUUGUAAAACUUUAACCAUUUUUCGAGAUCAUUGUCGUGUAGGAAAACAAUAUCACAAUCAUCUAGUAUAUAAGUUGUCUAAUUUACGUUCAAGAUAUUUAACAUACUGUACAGGGUAUAGCCCUCUUGCAUUAUUCAUGACACACUUCUUUCAGAGUGAUGGUCCAACAGGAAGAUCAUAUACAUUCAAAGAAGUGAGUCAGCUGACUAAAAAAGCUGGUUCUGCCUUAAAACGACUUGGAGUAGGCAGUGAUGAAGUCAUUGCUCUGCACCUUCCCAAUAUUCCUGAAUAUGUGCCCAUAUUUUAUGGAAUCCAAGCCACUGGUAAUAUUAUAUCAACCAUCAACUCGGCACUUCUAGCAGAUGAGAUUGCAUACCAGUUACAAGACUGUGGUGCUAAAUAUGUUGUAUCAACAAGUCCCAUCAUGGCUGCAGCAAAGGAAGCAGCCACAAAGGCCAACCUUCCAUCACAGAAUGUCCUUGACAUUGAAUACCUGUGGGAUCUUAUUGUAAAGGAUGAUGGCUCACAUCUACCUGAGGUAUACACGACAGAUAAUCCUGAUGAGCACGUAAUUUGUCUCCCAUACUCCAGUGGAACUACUGGUCGUCCGAAGGGAGUAAUGUUAACUGAUACUAAUUAUGUUGCUCAUACUCUGAUAAUUGGGAAUGAGAAAUUCAUGUCUUUAAGAGAAGACAUUGAACAAGAAUCUGUAUUGGGGCUGCUUCCUUUCUUCCAUGCCUAUGGCCUUGCCUACAUCAUUGGUAUGUUUCUUCACCUUGGAUCAAAAGUUGUUUGUAUGCAGAAGUUUGAACCAGAGAUGUUCUUAAAAAUAAUUGAAAGAGAAAAGCUCACAACACUUCCCAUUGUCCCACCCCUUGCUCUUUUUCUUGCAAAAGACCCAAUGGUGGACAACUAUGAUUUGACAGCAGUUGAGAGAAUCAUAUGUGGUGCUGCGCCACUGGCUAAAGAUGUGGAAGAAUUGCUUUGGAAGAAGUUUCCUAAUAUCAGAGAAAUUAGGCAAGGCUGGGGAAUGACCGAAACAACAGCAGGAUGUAUUAUAAAUCCAUCAGAAAAAUCCCAUGUCAAAAGUGGAUCUGUUGGUGUCUUGCUUCCUCUAAUGGAAGGAAAGGUAAUUGAUUUAGAGACUGGCGAAUCUGUUGGCCCAAAUAUAGAUGGAGAAAUUUGUGUCAAAGGACCCAUUGUCGCAAAAGGAUACUUGAACAAUCCAAAGGCAACAGUAGAGACUAUUGACAAAGAUGGCUGGCUCCAUACUGGUGAUAUUGGUCAUUAUGAUGAAGAUCAGUAUUUCUACAUUGUGGACAGAAAAAAGGAACUCAUCAAGUACAAAGGAUUCCAGGUGGCACCUGCUGACUUGGAGGCAAUUUUAGUGAGUAAUCCAAGCAUAGCUGAUGCUGCAGUCAUAGGAAUACCUGAUGAGAAAGGGGGUGAGGUACCCAAAGCUUUUGUGGUCCCAAGAGGAGAAAUWACAGAAGAACAGAUCAAAGAUUAUGUCGCCAGUAAAGUUUCGCCUCAUAAACGAUUGAGAGGUGGUGUUACUUUUGUUGAUGUGAUUCCAAAAACUGCAAGUGGAAAAAUAUUGAGGAGAGUGAUUCGCAGUCAAAUCAGUGACAAGAAAUUAGCAUAAAUUGUGUCACUGCAUAAAGAUUACACAAAUCUUUAUGGCGUCUUGUUUAAAAAAAAAAUCAUAUGUAUGGUUUAUACCGCGGGACCAAACUAAUGAAUGGUAUAUACAAAAAGAAUCAUAUUUUAUUGA